UCUAGAAUGUCAUUGUAUGCUUUAGCAUUAAGAUUUUCCUUCACUGGAACUAAGGUGCCUUGCCCAAACCAUGAAAAACAGCCCCAGAUUUUGGGUAGGUAGUGUUCUCUUGGCAUUCGCCAAACCCAGAUUUGUCCGUCACACUGCCAGAUAGUGAAGCAUGAUUCAUCACUACAGACAAUGAGCUUCCACUGCUCCAGAGUCCAAUGGCAGUGUGCUUUGCACCCCUCCAGCCUAUGCUUGGAAUUGUGUGUGGUGAUCUUAGGCUUGUGUGUGGCUGUUCAGCCAUGGAAACCCACUUCAAGUUCCCGACAAACAGUUCUUGCUAACGUUUCUUCCAGAGGCAGUCUGGAACAUGGUAGUGAAUAUUGCAAGCGAGUACAGAUUACUUUUACGCACUGGCGGCCCUGCUCUGUGAGCUUGUGUGGCCCACCGCUCUGCGGCUAAGCUGUUGUACCUCCUAGAUGUUUUCACUUCACAAUGACAGCACUUUGUUGGCCAUGGCAGCUCUAGCAGGACAGAAAUAUGAUGAACUGACUUGUUGGAAAGGUGGCUUUCUAUGACAGUGCCAUAUCGGAAGUCACUGAGCUCUUCAGUACGACCCAUUCUAUUGCCAAUGUUUGCUUAUGGGGAUUGCAUGGCUGUAUGCUGGAUUUUAUCAAGCAUGGGCAUGGCCAUGUAGUUCAUUUAGCAAAGUUUAUGACGAUCCUCUUAACAUGCCGACUACACUACCCACCACAAGAUGGCGUGAAAGUUAUUGGCGUUCAUAAAAAUACUUAAUGCAAAAUUUUUAUUUAGGAUGUAUAUCCUGAAUUUCCUUAAAUUUGACCUAUUUGCUCUUAUAAAAUGAAAUAUAUUAGAAUGUAGUGCUGUUAUAAAUGCUAAAUCUGUUUUCAUACAUGUUAAGAAAUUAAUAAAAUAAAUUAAUCAAUUGUUAGAAGGUUUGCAAGCAUGGAAAAGUGCAUACAAAAUAUACAGAUGUAGGCCAAAGGUAUUGCACUUCUUCAACAAAUGAAACAAAAGCGCUACAGACAGGAUUUCUGCUGUUAUUCCGGGGGACCGUGUACGAUAGGUUGUAGGCAGCGGGAUGCAAUCCAGACAGCAGUCUGAGCUGUGUGUGCAGACAUUGCUUACUGUGCGUAAAUUUGUCUCAAAGUAAACAUGGAAAUGUAGAAGGACCUUUUUCACAAAACUUAGCAUCAUUGCACAAAUGUCUCCGUUUAUACUGUGGGAAAAGCAAGCACUGCAGUGUAUGGUGAGGGUAUAAAGUGGCGCUCUGGCUACUGUCGCGUUCUAACCUGUCGGGUGCGCGCUUCUUGGAAACAAGUCUACGGUUAUGAUCAGGUUACCAGGUGCGGUCACUGGCAUCAUGAGCUCUGAGCUAAUUAGAUUUUUAUGUAUGAUAAUUUGAAAGCAGGUAACUGUCGAGCGAAGGCAUCCUCGAAGACGCGCAACGAGCGCAAAGCAAGGGGCUGAAGACAUAAAAACCGGACUGUUUCUGAGAUUUAAUACAGUCGCUGUGUGGGGGCGGAUCAGCGAGGACAAGUUCUGGGAAAUAUUGUGGUCCUGCAAGUGAAAGAUGAACAAAAACCACCGAGGGCUAAACACCGAAACUCCGAGCGCCAUGGAGGUGAAGAGCAAGUUUGGAGCAGAAUACCGGCGGUUCUCGCUGGAGUGGUCAAAGCCGGGUCGAUUUGAAGAGUUCUAUGGUCUCCUCCAGCACGUGCACCGCAUUCCCAAUGUGGAGCUGCUGGUGGGCUACGCCGACAUCCACGGAGACCUGCUGCCCAUCAACAACGACGACAACUACCACAAGGCCCUCUCCACCGCCGGCCCACUGCUGAGGGUUUUCCUGCAGAGAAGAGAGGAAGCAGAUGAGUCCUCCUUUGGCUCUCCAGGGCGCUUGAAGAAGAAAGCGGCCCUGCUUCGGCCCGACGGGCAGCGCAAGCAGCCAGCGGUGGCCAUCAGCCUGCCGCGGGACUUCCGGCCGGUGUCCUCCAUCAUCGACGCGGACGUGCUGCCGCACGGCCUGCGCCGGGUUCGGCUGUAUCAGCAGGGCCGCGACCGCCCGCUGGGCUUCUACAUCCGCGACGGCUCCAGCGUGCGCUUCACGCCGCGUGGCCCGCGCAAGGUCCCGGGCAUCUUCAUCUCGCGCAUGGUGCCCGGCGGGCUGGCCCAGGGCACGGGGCUACUGGCCGUGGAUGACGAGGUGCUGGAGGUGAACGGAAUCCAGGUGUCGGGGAAGACCCUGGAUCAGGUGACGGACAUGAUGGUGGCCAACAGCCACAGCCUGGUCCUCACGGUGAAGCUCGCCGGCACGCCGUGUCAGGGCUGGGUCAGCGCAGUUCAGCAACCCAGCUGCCCUGCGUCUGCGCGGGCCACGGCCACUCAGGCCACACCCACCGCCUACGCCAUCCAGAACUUCCUGUUGGAGGAGCUGGGCUCAGACUCAGCGGAGGAGUGGGAGGAUGAGGAUGACCUAGUGAAGGAGCUGGGAGCCGAGGUUACUCCCACAUUGCCCAGCUACAGCUCACACCUGGACCUGAGGUCUAACAGCAACACAGACUCACUGAGUACUCUUGAAAGUGAAGAGGGGUUUGUCACAAAGCUGUAGUCUCACACAUGCAGACAGACUCAAGGCUCAUCUACGCUCCAUGCGUAGUUGCUGCGGUGCAAAGCCGCAUGCACUGCGUCCAUUAUAUCCAGUAUGGCUGUGUCCAUCUAUAGCUGCGUUUCCACCGCAGGAACUAUACCCCGGAACUAGGAAC